AUGCUCACUUUUGUCUUAUUCGAACAGUGUUUGACCGACAGUUUUUCCACCGGUAGCACCUCCGUCUCAAAUCAGCUUGUUCCCGCUCUGGCAAUCUUACUGACCCUGAGUGAGAAGAAAAAGGGCAAUGCUGUAGCCUUUUUCGCUUGUGUCGCUCAAGUGAACGGAAACCGCUGGUUGACAAGAAAAAACGCCCCAAGAAGCCUGGAUCCUGUGUAUCAAUCUGUGAAUCCGUGUAUCGGCACACGCCAAAAAACUAAGAUUCGCGCUUCGAAGCUAAGAGGGGUUCCAGAAUCUGAUCUUCAAAAGCAACUUGGUGACUUGAAGACAGAACUUAGCAGCUUACGUCUUUAUCGAGUUACCAGAGGUACAUCGUAUCAUGGGAAGCUCAAAAAGAUUCGUGUUCUUCGGAAGUCGAUUGCUCGGGUCUACACUGUGAUGCAUCAGGCUCAAAAGGAACGGCAAAGAGAGGCAUACCGGUCCAAAAGAUACGUGCCCAAGGACCUCCGACCCAAGAAAACUCGAGCAAUACGUCGCAGACUGUCUAGGAAAGAAAGAUCUAUACACUCGGCGAAGUCUAUGCAUAAGGCAAGAGCUUACCCCCCGAGGAUAUAUGCUGUAAAACGCUGA